ACAUCAAAUUAAAAAAGAAGAAGACGCGACGCUGACGCCUUCUUCCGUCCGUAUCUGUGCAUGUUUAUGAUGUUUCUUGACGCCCUGUCUAUCUCCUAACAUUUCAUAAUCGAUAAUAACGACGGGACCAUGGAGGUCGCGUUGUAUUUGAUCGCCGCCGCGGUCCUCUUCGUGCUGAUCGUCCUCACGGCUGGAGUGCGCAGACGCGCUGAACCCGUGGACGGCGAUGAGGCCUUAACGCCGGAGGGGGGCGAAGCCAGGGCCCCGCCCCCGCGAGCUGAGGAGCGCGCCGGAGCCCCACGCCGCCGCCGCCGCGACCUCAAUGCCCGCGUGGCGGCGCAGCGCAGCGCCCAGAGAGAGCCCUCCGACAACGAGGAGGUCCCUGAAGGAGGGGGAGGAGCCAUCGGGGGGGGGGAGAGCGACCAGGAGGAGGAGCAGCAGAACCUCCAAGCCACCGGGAAAGUGGGAGCCAAGAAGCAACGCAAACUGGAGGAGAAGCAAGCGAAGAGAGCCCAGAGAGAGGCCGAGCUGGGGGAGCGGGAGGAGAGGAGGAAGCUGCAGGAGCUGAGAGACCAGGAGCGACGCAAGGAGGAGGAGCGGGAACGGCUGUCGGAGCAGAAGGAGGAGGAAGAGGAGCACCGUCUGAGGGAGGAGGAAAGGAAGAGGGAGGAGGAGGAGUACCUCAAGCUGAAGGCCUCCUUCAUCGUUGAGGAGCAAGGGGAGGCGGAGCCUCUCAGCGAGGACCAGUCACGCAACCUGCUGCAAGAGUUCAUCCAAUAUAUAGAGGACUCCAAGGUGGUUCUCCUUGAAGACCUGGCGUCACACUUCGGGAUGCGAACCCAGGACGCCAUCGCCAGACUGCAAGACCUUCUCGCUGAAGGCUCCCUCACAGGUGUGAUUGACGACCGGGGGAAGUUCAUCUCCAUCAGCCCGGAGGAGCUGAGUGCAGUGGCACGCUUCAUCCAGCAGAGGGGGCGCGUCUCCAUCGCCGAGCUCGCCCAGGCCAGCAACUCCCUCAUCAACCUCACGCCCGUGCUCCGCAACCAGGCCUGACCGCCGCCACAAGAUGGCCGCCGUGGUCACAAUAUGGCCCGUGGGUCGCUAAUUCGCAAGAUGGAGGCGACUGCUUCAUCACUCUUGUGAUUAAGGGCUCGGAGGAAGCGGACAUUUUUUUGAGGAAGUGGUCAUCUUGUGUGGUCGCUUCCUCACUCACAAGAUGGCCGCCGCAUCGCUCGCUGACAAGAUGGCCGUCUCCUCGCAAAAUGGCCACCUCCUAGCUUACUCACAAAAUGGCCGCGGUGGCCUCCUCCCCAGGUGAUAGCUAGGCCGAGGGCCGCCGUUCACUCUUGAAACUCAUCCAGUAUCCGAGCUGUCAAUCAUCAGACCACCGGACCUGCCAAGCUGUUUGUACGUUUUAUUUGAUUUGUUGACAACAUUUUCAGAUUACCAACUGGAGUUCUGCCGUUAAUUGGAUUUGUCAUUUUAAAACUGAUUGAGGUAACAAACGAAACGGCGUCCGAUGUGUGAAGAUGAUGAAAUCAAUAAACACGAUUGCACAUUAAAUAAAGA